CAAAAAGGCGGAUGGAAAAAUGAAGCUAAAUAAUGUCUUUUUCUGCUAAGCUGUCGCCGUCUGCAUCUCAUCACGACGAAUCCUUGGUGUCGCACAGGUCUUCUUAUGCACCGAAACACUAGCUCCUUUGUCAGGAUCAAUGUUGUAUCUGCCGUCCCUUUCCACCUCAAAUACGACGGUACUACCAGUAUGGACCACCUGCACAGUAACUCUGGAAGGCGAUUCUAUGAUCUUGUCCUCGUUCUUGCCUCAAGGUCUCCCAAAUACCCUUCUGUGUCGCUCAAAGAAUGCACGCAUGUUCGAUCCCUUACAGUCGCUCAGCUGGAAGAUGAAGAGCGGAUAUUUCCUCCCAGGAAUGACGGUACAAACGAAUUGAAGCUAUUUGAACUAGUUUUUAGAGACAAAGAGAAGGAGAAAUUCACUACGGCGUCAGUCCGACAGCGAGCGAACUGGGGACGUUCUAUCCUCGCAGGACAUCUCAUGUCGCCACAUGCAAAGCGAUACACCUACCUACAUGACCAAGAUCUUCCUUCCGAAGAUCAUCCAUUACCCCCCUCUCUGGCUACGCGCUCCUCGCCUGCACUGCCUGAUCAUGACUUUCUGUCUCCGUUGUCUUCAGCUCAACCUGAUAUUUCCCUGAAUCCUUCUUAAGCAGGCCAUGGUAUCUCAGAGGCUGAUUGCGGGUCCUAUGAAUCUUCAGUCCAUUCUUUAGGCAGGCCCAGGAACGGAUCACGAUUUCAGACUAUCCGCAUCGAAGCCAUCAAUGUUGAAAAACCCUUACCAGGCGUCUGGUGCAGGAACGUACGCACCGGAAAUCAUCGACUGAAUCCAUCUUCGACGCUUAUGGUGGCAGCUACUCGAUCUUCCCUGAUGAGUCGAUUCACGUGGCAAAAAUGCCUGAGGGACCUCCCGAUGCCACUGGCAAUAACAUACAGCCGUUAAAAGACGAUCUGCAACAAAUAUCCAACCAACUCAUUGACC